AUGGCGUCAGCGUCGACUAGUUCUAUACAACGGCAAAAGUACGAUUAUUUUCUUGUUUUGGACUUUGAAGCAACAUGUGAUAACAAAAGCAAACUUGAUCAAAAUGAAAUCAUUGAAUUUCCAGUGUUAAAAAUCAGUGGUCGUACAUUUGAAUGUGAAUCAAUAUUUCAUACAUAUGUCACCCCUACAUUGAACCCACAAUUAACCAAAUUCUGUACAGAAUUGACUGGUAUAACUCAAAGUCAAGUAACUAAUCAACCAGUUCUCGCUGAUGUUCUCCAAAGUUUUGAAGAAUGGUUGAGAGAAGAAAAUCUGCUCAAUCCAAAUGUGAAUUUUAUUUUUGUUACUUGUGGCGAUUGGGAUUUAUUUACCAUGUUACCAAGUCAAUGUACUCAUUUCAAUCUCCAACGUGCGGCUUAUUUUGAUCGAUGGAUCAACAUUAAGAAAUCAUUUAAGAGAGUGACAGGUAAAUUCGCAAAUAGUGGCAUGAUGGGUAUGCUGAAUGACCUUCAUAUACAACAUCAAGGAAGACAUCAUAGUGGCAUUGAUGAUUGUAAAAAUAUCGCUGCGAUUUUAAAAGCAUUGGCUGAACGUGGACAUGUUUUUGAGGAGAACAGAAAGAAAUAA